AUGGAUCUCGAUAGUAGGAUCUUGGAGAUGAAGUCGACAAUCUCUUCCCUUAAAGAAGAACAAAGAACAGUUGAAGGUGCUCUUGAGGAAAAACAGAUUGAAAUUAAGAUGCUUCAGGAAAACCACAUGGAAACAAAGUCAGAUGAUUCACAAGUUACAUCACUUUCUGAAACCUUGCGACAGAAAGAGGCUGAAAUUGAGGAUUUAAAACACCGACUGGAAUUAUCACCUGUAAAGGUCUGGUCAGUAAGUGCAGAUGACCCAAAUCCUGCAACAAAUUUCACCACUGAGGCUGCUGGACAUGAUGGUAGAAGAGGAACUGAAGAGUUGCAUGAAUCCAUCAAAAGAGAAGAUCAGAAAAAUUCAGCCGAAGAUAUAGACAGCAGUGUCAAUGAAUCUGCCCAUAAGAGAAAUGAGGAAUUCACCGGGCAUGUUGAUGACACCGGAAAAGAUGGAGAGAGAUUUGAAAACGCGAACGGCAAAACUGGAGAAGAGCAGUCUCAGCAGCUGAAAACUUUUCAAGAAGAUGUUCCAGGAAACAACACCAUUUCUCACAUUAAUGAAGGACAAAAAGAGUAUGAUAACAGUUAUAAGAAUGAGAAAGAAUCUUAUCUAGACAACAAACGGUUCACUAAUGACAAUGCAUCAAAGGAAACUGAGGAUGAUAGAAAUCAAGUGCAAAAGCAAAGCAAUGAAGUUGGAGUGAAUGAUAAAGCUGUGAUGAAGUUAGAAAGGCAAGAGAAUUCAAGCAGAGGAACAUCAAGAGUAACCAAGGACCACAUAAGGAAAAAAAGAGGGAAGAGACGGCAAACAAUUGCUAAGCGCCAGGCAGAUGAAAGUGGCAUGCAUCCUGAAGGUCGUGGAAUUGCAAGCAUGAGAAACAGAAAAUUCUUGAAAGUAAAAAUGGGAACUGAAAGGAUCGAGAGGGCUGGAGGCAGUAAACUGGAAAUAAUGGGCCAUCAGAAAGACAAGGACAUGGGCAUGGACGUGAAGAAAAAACCUGAUGAGGAAGUUCAUGGGAUAGAAAUGACCAAUAAAGUUCAACAAGUUAAAGAUUCAGAGGCACAAAUCAAUAACCAGAAAAGGACAGAACAAGGAGUAAAAUCAGAUACAGGAAAAGACAGAACGCAAGAUGUUAGCACAAAUCAUGAUGAUAGUCCACCAGGUAGGACAUGGUCAAACCCUAACAAUUUUGCAGACACAAAGGAAAGGACACAAGUCAUGAAUCCUGAUGCAACUCAGAAGACUGAGGAAGGGAAGAAAAGAAAAGUCAGUAACACAGAAACACAGCUGCUCCAGAGUUCUCGAGAAGGCAGUAGCAUCUCACAAGAGGUCAAAAAUCAAAAUCCAGAUGAAACAGUACAAUCAGAGGAAAUAAUCAGCACCAUCAGAGAAGAUACAGAGCUAGGGCAAGCUCACAAUCUUCCAAAUUCUUCUGAACAUGCGACUAUUGUUGAAAGGGGUGCCAAAGAAGAUGAAAACCAAGAGGUUGACUAUUAUCAAGAAACAGAAGAAGAGGGAGAUCAUUCUGGAGAAUCACAAGAUGCCAGAAAUCAAAAACCAGAUAACACUGCACAACCACAACGAAAAACCUACACUAUCAGAGAAGAUAGAGAACAAAAGCAUGCGGACAAUCUACAUGCAAAAGCUGCUAACUUUAAAGUUGACAGUGAUCAGGACAUAGAAGAACAGACAGACAGUACUACAGGCUCUGCUGCCAGCUUGGGAGAGGAGGGAGAGGAUGGAGACCACAACGACAAGCCUGAAUUUUAG